AAAACACUCGCGGGGUCGUGAACAUAUUAGACAUAAAUAAGUACAAUAAUUCAAUUUAAAUGCCACCGAAUUAAGGGAGAAGAUGUGUAUUAUUCCAUUAUGUUCUCUUUUUAAUUUAUGCAGUUAAUAGAAAGGUUUAUAGGUUGUUGGAGUUUAAUCUACCGUUAAGUUGUGUUCUAAUCUUCCUUUCACAAAUUGGUUUCCGAUCUUUGAUGAAUGGGGGGAUAACAACACGUCUUGGGAAAAGUACUCUCCUUAACCCGACCCCUAGAGAAUCGUGAACAUGGUCUGACCUAACCCCCAUGUUUUAUUCACCGUUGGACUGCUUUUCUUUCAUUAGCCGGGAUUGAUCGCAUUUUUUUCACACCGUCCUUCAAGAUUGAUUCUGUGUUAGGAUUUGUAAUCGAAGUCUUAUCCAGUGGAUUUAGUUUAUCGUUUGCGGAUUGAAUUUUCUAUCGAUAAGGAGUAUUAAUAUGUUUUUGCAGUGUUUUCUGUAACAGAGACCCGAAUACGUUUCUUUUUUGAUAAGUAAUUGUAAACUUGAGCUCGGGUUGUAUUUACCUAACUACGAAAGGGUUAUUUAGCAGAAGAAUCUAGUAGCCUGGAAUAUACCUUAGUUAUUUAAAUGGAUUAGAUAAGUAAAAUUCUACUGGGAAAUAUCUAUAUCGGAUUGUAUCCAAAUUUAUCGAUACUUCCAUGGAAUUACGAAGGAAAAAGUCUAGGAUAUAAGUAUUAAGUAACUGAAGAUAAACCUUUCAAAAUCGUUGUGCCAGGAUAAGGACAUAUUCUGAGAUCCAGUCAAUACUGAAUAUCGACUGAGUGAACUAUUUUGAUAGCCGAUGAAUAGAUUGAACAAAAAUGGAAGACCUGAAAUGAACACCCUUCCUGAGGAAAAGAAAAAAGAAGUUUUCAAUUCAUGUGGCAGGGAGAUCAAGUAAACGACAAUACUAAUUAAAUGUGUUCUUGAUAAUGUUAAAAUAUUCCGUCACAAGUGAUGAAGGAUCGUUCUCGCCAAAUCACAUUCGUCACGAUACUACAGACACUCUAAUGAAGGAUACAAUUGAUGUUAACAUAAAUCCAAGGUCACGUGCAAAAAUGGUCAUGAAAAAACGCGCAAAACACGUCCAACGAAGAGGAACAGACUUAGCUUUGUUUCCACCAAUUUCCCAAACACCGAGUAGAAAGGAGGUCAUUACGCCGUAUGUAAACCAUAUCGAGGCUGAGUCGCCAUACAUAAGUUCAUUAGGCAUUUCGCGUGUUCAUGACGUCACGACACCAUACGUUUUACAUACCCAAUAUUCAAAACACGAUGGAACAUCCCCUGUGCAAAAGGAAUACACGAGAGUGUCCAAUAUUUCUCGUAACAACGCCGGGACGCCACAAAAUCAACCACAGCAUAAUAUAGUUGAAGUAACUAGAAUUAGAAAAGACCAAUCGUUUUCCCAUGAAAGUAUUAAUAAAGUCGGUGGCUCUUCUCCUUUUAUAGAAAGACGAUCACGGUUAGAACAUAGACGAAAAUUAGCGAGGGAGAAUUCAAAUCAACAGGCUGCAAAGAACCAUGUUCAAGAGAGUAAUAAAAACGCAAAAUUACAGGUUCAAAGUAAUCAAAUGGGACUUGUCCAAAGAGCCGAGAGACAUAAGUCUUUUCAUGAUUACAGCCGAGCCAGAAACGAGGAACAAUUUUCUAUAAGGAAAAAGAUAGAGCAGUUCCGAAAAUGGCACGAGGAGCAAUAUAAAGACAAAUUGAAGAAACUGAAGGAAGAGGUGGAUAAUCAAUAUGAGGUGGAAAACCGUAAAGCUCAAACGUCCAGGGUAGGAAGUCAUACCCCACAAGGCAAUAUCUCAGUGGAGAAGAAAGAUCGCCUAGAAAAGAAAACUAAAACAGAACCGCAUCAACAAUCGUCUUCCAGUGGUCACACGCCGCUUUUGAAUGGAGGAAAUUUGCCCAGUUGUUCCGUUGAUGAGAAAGCGAGUUCCGAAAGGACUUGGCACACGUGGCGUGACGUCAAUGACUCAUAUGCUUACACAAACGUUAAACAGUACAUAGAGGAAAACGAACUUAUGACAACUGAGAAAGAGGAUUGGAUUAAAAAGUGGGUUGUUGAGGUCGACAAGGCUAUGCUGAUGAAAUUAGAGGAAGAAGGGCAAAUACAAGUUUGAUCAUUGUAGAAUUUUAGUUCAAAGCAGUCUGUGAUAUUUAAUUGUAAAGCUUUUGUCCUACUGAUCUCUGAUGGAGGAGCCAGAUUUGCCAUCAAUAAUACAGUAUUAUUUUAUUCUUGAGAGAGGAAUUUUUUUUUUUCAGAUAACGUAUUUAUUGCAAGGAGAUGGGCAAACAAGUCGUGCAUAAACAGUGUACAUUUGUAUACAUUUUCAAUUGUGAAUUUAGUAUUUAAAGUAAAGUGAUCACCGAAGUUAUGACAACAUUUUCGGAGGAGAAAUACCGUUUCUUAAGUCAAAGAAAUCUCGAGGAUUCCCUUCCUGGAAGCAAACACGCUAAUCACUACGCUUUACAUGAUAAAUAUUGCCAUUUAAAUCAUGACUGUGAUAUGACCGUUGAAUUCAAAUAUUUCAAAUAUUUUGUUAUGAAUGUUUAUUUUUAAAAAAUUAGUGGGUCUUUGCUCUAUUAUUAUUAUUUCUGCACAUGUUAUUUUUUGUUUGGUAAACCAAAAAGUGUAUAUUUUACGCAUACUUUGAGUAUAAUCUUUCAUGAAAAUGGAACAAAGACUCACUCAUGUGGAAAAAAAAACUCGGAUUUUACAGGAUGUAAACGUGAAAUGAAAUUUCAAAGAAAACUGGGAUAUUUUGAGAUGUUUCCCCCACGUUUAUUUGUCGCACGGUAGGCUUUUUGCUCGGCUUGUUCGCCCAACUUCGUAAUGGUGCAAUUUUCAACACCCCGUGCUAAGAAUUUGUUAUAUUUGGAGUUAUUCUUGGCCACAUUCAACGUGGAAAUAUACAUUGUCCUUCGUGGAAUAAUUAAGAACAAUUUGUUUCUUGGGAACUUAAGUUAUCGUUACUGAGCUUGGAAACAACGAAAGUUAUAUUUUGUUUUUAACUACUGAGGUAGCGUGCACACUCCAAGUUCUCUAGAUUUAGAUGCCUGUGAAAUUAUUUAAAUUAUUGAGUUUGUUAAUAUAUAAUUAUAUAUGACUUGUUAAAUAAAUU